ACCAACUUCUUUCACCUUUGUUUUCCUCUCUAUCAUCAAUCAUCAAAACCAUGAACAAAGUUGAUAAAUCUCAAGUUAAAGUUCUCUCUUUCCUAGCUUUUCUCCUUAUGAUCACAUCCUUUUUACCUUCCUCUCUAAGACCUACUUACCUUUACUUAAUCUUCAACAUCCUUAUCAUUGCACUUGCUGCUCAAGCCGGACUUCUCACAGCCUUCUCCGAGCCUUCACAAGAUACAAAACAUCAUGUUUUUGUGUCUUCUACACAGCAACAUACAAUGCAAGAGCCAAAAGAGAAGGAAGCUUCAAGCAUAAACAAUGCAAACUCUAUCUCAGAAGAACAAAAAGUCAAGAAGGUUGUUUGUGUUGGUGAAAGUAAAGUUGAUAAGGUGAAAAAAUGUCCAUCUAUGCCAAGUCUUUUUUAUAUAGGAGACGAAGAAGAUGAUUAUGAAGUGAAUAAAAAUGAGGAGGUUGAAGUAGAAGAUGAGAUUUGUUGUGUUAAUGGACAAGAACUUUUUGCAAAAGCUGAGGCUUUUAUUGGAAAUUUCUACAAGCAGUUGAAGAUGCAGAGAGAAGAGUCUUGUGCUUCUUAGAAACCAUAUUUAAGAGUUAUAGUUAGUUUUUUUUUUUUUCCUGAGGAAUAAAUAAUUGUCUAGUUGUGAGGAUCCAUUGUACAGAUUUUGAUCUGGAAUUAGAGGUUAUGUUAUGUUAGCUCUGUUUGCAAAUAUUCAAUUUUCUAUUAUCAUAUUA